GCUCAAUAUCUAGACACACUCUUCGCCAGCUGAUUUCUAACAGUGCAGACGUGUACAGUAAUUUUAACAGUUGGCGUGCUUUAUUUUUCUCAUCGGAUCAUAUCAACUCUUGUUUAUUAUAAUAUAGGAUUUUUAAGGGAAAAAAUGACAACCGUUGAGGAACUGAAGCUGCGAAUCCGUGAGUUAGAAAAUGAACUAAUUAAAUCUAAACAGAAGCAAAGUGAUGCUGAACAUCAUCUCAGACCAAAGAUUGUUAAAAUGAGUGCUGAAGUCGUAGACUCAAAUCCAUACAGUCGUCUAAUGGCACUCAAAAGGAUGGGCAUAGUUCAGGACUACGAGAAAAUCCGCUCGUAUGCUGUGGCAGUGGUGGGAGUUGGAGGUGUGGGGAGUGUCACUGCAGAAAUGCUCACCAGAUGUGGCAUUGGUAAGUUGCUGCUGUUUGACUAUGAUAAGGUGGAGCUGGCCAACAUGAACCGCCUCUUCUUCCAGCCACAUCAGGCAGGGCUCAGUAAAGUUGAGGCUGCAGAACACACUCUUAGAACAUAUGUGCACCCGUUUAUAAAACAUUGGUUAUUUCUGUCAAAUCUCAGAUGGGUGGGAAACAGUGAUCUGAUCCAGUUGUGUGUGUGUCAGUGUGCACCUCCCCUCGUAGUGGCUGCAAAUAUCGACGAGAAGACGUUGAAGAGGGAUGGAGUGUGUGCCGCCAGUCUGCCCACCACAAUGGGAGUGGUCGCCGGGCUCCUUGUACAGAAUGUCCUGAAGUAUCUGUUGGGGUUUGGGACAGUGAGUUAUUACCUGGGCUAUAAUGCCAUGCAGGAUUUCUUCCCGAGCAUGGCAAUGAAGGCCAACCCACAGUGUGAUGACAGACACUGCAGACGACAACAGGAUGAGUACAAGAAAAAAGAAGCAGAGCGGCCGAAGCAGGAAGCAGUACAGGAAGAAGAAGAAGUAGUGGUGCAUGAGGACAAUGAAUGGGGCAUUGAGUUGGUGUCAGAGGUGUCAGAGGCAGAGCUACAGGACGCAUCAGGACCGGUGCCAGAUCUACCGGAGGGCAUUACUGUAGCCUACACCAUACCUGAGAAAGAUGGAGGAUCAGGGGAGACGGUGGAGGAAACAGACCAGAGUUUAGAAGAGCUGAUGGCUCAGAUGAAGAAGAUGUAAGGAAACAACAAGCAAGAGGAAAAUGACUUCCUUGAACUCUAACAGAGACACUAAAGACAAACUCGUUAUUAUUUUGUACUUAUACACAUGUAACAUCUGAGGUCUCAUAUUAAAUGAGUUUGGAUUUAGUUUUUUUAUUCUGUUUUUGCAAGCAGCCUGUAACACUCAAGAUGUUUACAGGUUUACUUCAACUGAAAGUCUUAAUACUGAAUUGCCAUCACUGUUGAUCUUUUGUUUUCACAGUGUUAAUGUUUCAGAGUUGGCAUGGAAUGGUUAAUAGAACUAAUCUGAAUGAUUGAUUUAAAUAGCUGUUGUUAACAGCUAUGCGACGAAAACAGAUAAGACUUCAGUCACACCUCUAAAUAUGUAAUUGUCAUGUCUAAUAAUGAAUGUGCUUGUAGACACCCAGCCAGCUGUUAUAAAGAACACAACUAAAUUAUUUUCUGACAUUUCAUCAUCGGCCUGAUUCUGACUGCUGUAUUGAAUGGGAUAACAUUGUAAUAAUGCAAAAGAAAAAAUAAAUUUGUUGUUACAUUCCAUUUUGCUUUUCCUGCAUUUAAACUAGUAGAUCAAUUGAAAGAAGCUUUAGUGAGAGUUGUGAAAUCCGUUUUCCUCUGCAUUGAGUAAAAACCUCUACAACUGUUAUUUUCAUUCAAUUAUGCAUUUAUUGGUAAAUAAUACACAAUGAUAUUAUUUUGUGCAUGGAUCAUGUGCAUUAGAAGAAUUUGGGUAUAAAAUACACCUCUUUUGGCAGUGAAUAAAACGUCUCUUAAGUCCUGGCACAAAUUGUAAGACAACACUGUGAUGCAAUACAAGCCAUAAUGGAAGUUUAGAGUAAAUUAUUAAAUCUAUAGCAUGUUUUACCAGAAUCCAACAGUUCAAAGAUGAUUUUGCUACAAAAUGAGGCACAUUAGACUG